GAGGUCCGAAACGCAACUGUGCUCAACUGAUAUACACACAUUAUACAUAGACACAACUCAGUGUCACAAACACAAAAAACAUGGCAUUUCAGCUCCCAACCGAUCUGAUCAACCAAGUUCAGAUCGCCGCCCGCAACGCCGCCGGCCUAAACGCUUACAAUCCCGACGACCCAUCUCUCCCAUCUCUCCCCUCUUUCGAUGCAUCUGUUUUUGCGGUGGACCCAUCUGCCCCUGAGCACUUGAGAUGCAAGAAUUGUAAAGCCAAGCUUCUGAGAGGUGAAGAUUCAGUGAUUUGUAUAUAUUGUGGCAAACAACAGAUUAAUAAAGACCUUCCUCCUCACCCCAUUUCUUUUACUUCCACUUUUGGCUAUCAGUGGUUGCUUCGUUCUUUGGACUUGGAUCAAUCUGAAACUGUUGGACCUUCCACUGUAGAACACGGAUCAAGCAGAGGACACACUACACCAUACCAAGAAACUUCUUUACGUCAUCUCCUAGAUUUACAAAUAACAUGGCCAGAUGAGUUGGAAAUACCUGAAAUAAGUAUGCCACACAAGAGAUCUGAAGAAAGCAGCACCUUUUUACAUUUAAGUGGAGCUGAUCUGGACAAUGUGUACUUAGGGUCAAAGGGAAAUAUUGAUACGGAUGCUUCUGCACAACAAAUCACAGAACAGCAGCUUGAGGGUGUAGAAAGCAAAGGCUCUAUUUCUGGCUUUGGCUCUGUUCAAGAGAAUUUCACUUCUUUUUCAGAUGCUCACUCUGCAGACUCGGCUGUCAAGUCUUUCGAAGAUAACCAGGGUGAAUCCCUUUCUGGAUGGGCAGCAGACUUUCAAUCUGCAAAUAAAGAAGAGAGUUCAAAAUCAUAUGACUCUUUUGUAGCUCCCAAUAUUGAUCUUUCCUCUCACAUUGAUUCGGUGUUUGGAGCAGGCAAAGAUGUAAAUCGCAGAAAGCUUUCAGAUGACUUACAACCUGCUCAAUCUGCAUCUCAUGAUUGGAUGCAAGAUGAUAUCUGGAAAAAUGUGGACUCCAAGGUGUCUCAGCAGGCUUCACACUUCAGUUCAACAGCUGAAACUACAAUUGCAGUCUCACCAGAUAAUUACAAAAAUACGGCUUCUGAAGGUGCAGAUUGGUUUGAAGAUGACCAGCGGCAAAAGAACAUUACAAGUGAACCUGGCAAUAAGAUCAUUGAUAAUCCUGAUGAUUCUUUUGAUGAUUGGAAUGAUUUUGCAAGCUCAAGUAAUGCUGUAAAUCUUUCUGGAGAUGAACCUAGCAGUAAGGUCAUUGAUAAACUUGAUGAGUCCUUUGAUGAUUGGAAUGAUUUUGCAAGUUCAAGUAAUAUUGCCAAUCUUUCUGGAGGUGAACCUUCCAAUAAAGUCAUUGAUAAACCUGAUGAUGCUUUUGAUGAUUGGAAUGAUUUUGCAAGCUCAAGUGAUGCUGUAAAUAUUUCGAGUGAUGAACCUAGCAAUAAGAUCAUUGAUAGACCUGAUGAUUCGUUUAAUGGUUGGAAUGAAUUUGCAGCGUCUAGUAAUGAUGUAAAUCAUUCUGGAAAUGAGCCUAGGAGUAAGACCAUUGAUAAGUUUGACGAUUCUUUUGAUGAUUGGAAUGAUUUUGCAAGCACUAGUAAUUAUUUAGAUCUUUCUGGAAAUGCUUUGCGCAAUAACAAUCAUCAAAAAGCAGUUUCAAGUGAGCAGACAUCUGAAAAAAAUUUGUUUAGCUCAACUGGUAAUACACAAGACGAUGAAUUAGGCAGCUUCUCUCAGCCAAAUUUGUUUUCUGCCUUACCUGGCGGUUAUGAUGGUGAUGCAGUGACUGAUAACAUCCAUAAAGAAGUUUAUGCUUCAGAAAGGAACAACAAUGAACAGAGUCAUGUAAAAGAGUUACCUGAGGAUACUGCCGAACCCCCUUCUGUAGAAUCUGAAUCAAAUAGAGGACACAUUGCACCAAACCAAGAAACUUCUUCGCAUCAUCUCUACGAUCUACAAAUGACAGGGCCAGAUGAGUUAAAAAUGCCUGACGCAAGUGUACCACCUGAGACAUCUGAACAAAGCAGCAGCUCUUUUAAUUUAAGCGGAGCUGAUCUGGACAGUGUCUUCUUAGGGUCGAAAACGAAUGUUCACUCUGAUUCUUCUACACAACCAAUUACAGAAAAGCAGCUUAACAGUGUAGAAAACAAAGGCUCUAUUUCUGGCUUUGGCUCUGCUCAAGAUGAUUUUACUUUAUUUUCAAAUGAUCACUCUGCAGACUCGGCUGUCAAGUCUUUCAAAGAUAGCCGGGGUGAUUCUUUCUCUGGAUGGCCAGCAGACUUUCAAUCUGCAAAUGAAGACGGGAGUUCAAAGUCAUAUGAUCCUUUUGCAGCUUGCAAUAUUGAUCUUUCUUCUCAUAUUGAUUCAGUGUUUGGAGCUAGAAAGGAUGAAAAUCGUGGAAGGCUUGAGGAUGACUUGCAGCAUACCCAAUAUGUGUCUGAUGACUGGAUGCGAGGAGACCUCUGGAAAAAUUUAGACUCUGAUGUGUCUCAGCAUUCUGUACCUUUGGGUGUAACUGCUGAGGCAACAGAUGGAAUCUCACAAAAUAAUGCCAAAAAUCCGGCUUCUCAAGGUGUAGAUUGGUUUAUAGAUAACCAGUGGCACAAGGACAUUACAAGUGAGCCUAGCAAUAAGAUUAUUGAUAAACAUGAUGAUUCUUCUGAUGAUUGGACUGAUUUUGCAAGCUCUAGUAUUGUUGUAAAUCAUUCAGGAGAGGUACCUAGCAAUAAGAUCAUUGGUAAACCUGAGGGUUCUUUUGAUGAUUGGAAUGAUUUUGCAAGUUCAAGUAAUGCUGUAAAUCCCCGUGGAGACAUACCUAGCAAUAAAAUCAGUGAUGAACCUGAUAAUUCUUUUGAUGACUGGAAUGAUUUUGCAAGCUCAAAUAAUGCUGUAAAGCUUUCUGGUUAUGAACCUAGCAAUAAGGUCAUUGAUAAACAGAAUGAUUCUUCUGAUGAUUGGAAUGAUUUUGCAAGCUCAAGUAAUGCUAUAAAUCUUUUUGAAGAUAAAUAUAGCAAUAAGAUGAUUGAUGAACCUGAUGAUUCUUUUGAUGAUUGGAAUGAGUUCGCAAGCUCGAGUAUUGCUGCAAAUCCUUCUGGUGAUCAGCCUGGUAGUAAGAUCAUUAAUAAACCUGACAAUUCAUCUGAUGAUUGGAAUGAUUUUGCAAGCUCAAGUAAUGCUGUAAAUCUUUCUGGAGAUGAACCUAGUAGUAAGAUCAUUGACAAACAUGAUUGGAAUGAUUUUACAAGCUCGAGUAUCGCUGUAAAUCUUUCUGGAGAUGAACCAAGCGGUAAGAUCAUUGAUAAACCCAACGAUUCUUGGGAUGAUUGGAAUGAUUUUGCAAGCACAAGUAGUGGUGCAGAUCUUUCAAGAAAUGCUUAAAAAGAUAACAAUGAGCAGACGUAGUUUCAAUUUGGCAGACAUUUGAAAUCAAUUUGGUUAGCUCAGCGGGUAGCAUACAAGACAAUGAAUGUGGUAGCUUCUCACAUCCAAAUUUCUUUUCCAUCUUUCAUGACGUUCGUGAUGGUGAUGCAAUGAUCAACAAUGUUCUCAGUGAAGUGUAUGCUUUAAAAAGGUUUGUGCUCUUUUCAUGAACAAAUUUUAUUAUCUUGUUCAAGUUUAACUAUAAUAUAUUCAUACAACAUAUAUGCCUAUAUAUGCCUAUAUAUAGUUAUAUAUUAAUAUAUUUAAAAUAUUGAAAUUUAUCAUGAAGUGUAUGAAUUACU